AUGAAUGAGAAGUGUCAUUGCAUGCCAGGACUCAGACUUCCACUGAUCAGCUUGUGCGGCUACAUCAUGGACGUAGCUGAACUCAUUUACACGGUGGUGGAAGUGCUCAUUGCUGUUAGCUGCUGUCUGGGUAACGUUCUGGUUAUUUUGGCGUUGUGGACCAGUAAAUGCAUCCAGCAGCCCACCUUCUGCCUCAUCGUCUCCCUGGCCGUCGCUGACCUGUUGGUUGGAUGUGUGGCCAUACCGUUGGCUGUGGCUGUGGACGGGCGACUGAACACUUCGUUCCACUUGUGUCUCUUCAUCAGCUGUGUGGUCAUCCUGUUGACUCUUGCUUCAGUAUUGAGUCUGCUGGCCAUCGCUGUAGACCGUUACCUCCGGGUGUACAUCCCUAUCAGGUACAAAAGGACUGUAACACAGAGACACUCUUGUCUCGUGGCAGCUGCAUGUUGGCUUGCCGCGGUACCACUGAGUUUCAUACCCAUGCUUGGAUGGUACAACCACGAAAACCUCCCUCAGCCUAACAACACAACUAUUUGUUGCGAGUUUGUGUUUGUGAUCCCCAUGUCUUACCUGGUUUACUUCAAUUUCUACCUGUGUACCUUAACACCUUUGUUGGUGAUGACCAUCUUGUAUGGAUCCGUCUUCCGCAAAAUUCGACUAAGUCUUAGAAAAAAACCAGGCAACGGUGCCCAAACAAAUUCACAAAACUACCUGAGGAAAGAGAAACAGCUGGCAGCAUCUCUGUUCCUGGUCUUGGCCCUGUUUGCUCUGUCAUGGCUCCCUCUUCACAUCAUGAACUGCAUCGACUUCUUUAAAGGGAAAAGUGUCGUGUCUACAAAUAUUUUCUAUGUUGGCAUUGUGCUAUCUCAUGCAAAUUCUGCAAUAAACCCAGUUGUGUAUGCAUUUAAAAUACAAAAAAUCAAGAAUGCAUAUCUGAGAGUCUGGAAAAAGUACACUUCAUGUUCAGCAGAAAAUCAAGGAUCUCAAACAAGUCAGACAUCAGACAACAUUCCCAGCAGUGACACUCUGACCAACAAUAACUGA